AUGAAUCGGCGGCCCAUGGGAUGGUGCAACCGCAUGAGGAGCAAGAAGGUGAACAUCUGGAAGUAUCAGUUCAUGGGCCCAGACAAGUGGCUUUGCAACCAUCCCUACCACGAGGUGAAGUUCACGCGGCCUUACUGGCUCACCAGGAGAGGCUUUCCGAAUUUCCCCAGAUCGGAUCCGCAUCAAAUAGGCCCAAAGGGGGAGAAGUUCUUCGACAUGUCGAGGUUGCACGCGCAGGAUGCCCGGAAGGGCUCCGGAUGGGAGGAGGGCCGGCCGCUUCCUGAGUCGGAUCGCAUCGAGUAG